AUGAUGAACCUGAGGCUCCUUCGGCAGCAAUGCCUUCGCACAAAGCCAUCUCUGGCCAGCCGUGUCACCACCAGGACAUUUGCUUCUCAAUCAGAUCUUCUCGGUGCCAGCCUCGAGCAAGGCGACCCAGAGAUCCAUGCCAUUCUCAAGCGUGAAGAGAAGCGCCAGAACCACUUCAUCAACCUCAUUCCCUCCGAAAACUUCACUUCACGAUCCGUUCUCGAUGCUCUAGGCAGUGUUAUGCAAAACAAGUACUCCGAGGGCUAUCCUGGCGCACGAUACUAUGGUGGUAAUGAACACAUCGAUGAGGCAGAGCGUCUAUGCCAAAGACGUGCCCUCGAGACCUUCCGUCUUGACCCUGAGAAGUGGGGCGUUAAUGUUCAGCCCCUCUCUGGAUCCCCUGCCAACCUUUACGCCUACUCUGCUAUCCUCAACACCCACGACCGUAUUAUGGGCCUUGACCUUCCCCACGGAGGUCAUCUCUCCCACGGCUACCAGAUCCCCAACAAGAAGAUCUCCAUGGUCUCCAAGUACUACGAGACCUUCCCCUACCGAUUGAACGAGGAGACCGGUCUGAUCGACUACGACAAGCUUCGCGAGAAUGCUCUUCUGUACCGUCCCAAAGUUAUCGUCGCUGGUACAUCUGCCUACUCCCGCCUGAUCGAUUACGAGCGCAUGCGUGCUAUUGCCGAUGAGGCUGGUGCUUACCUUUUAUCUGAUAUGGCUCACGUUUCUGGUCUUGUCGCUGCUGGUGUAAUUGGAACACCAUUCGAGGAUUCUGACAUCGUUACUACCACCACCCACAAGUCCCUUCGUGGACCUCGUGGUGCCAUGAUCUUCUACCGCAAGGGCAUUCGAAGCACGGACAAGAAGGGCAAGCAGAUCAUGUAUGAUCUUGAAGGCCCUAUCAACGCUUCGGUUUUCCCUGGCCACCAGGGUGGUCCUCACAACCACACCAUCACCGCCCUCGCUGUUGCCCUUCGUCAAGCUCAGACACCCGAGUUCAAGCAGUACCAAGAAAAGGUCCUCGAGAACUCACAAGCUCUGGCCAAGCAACUCUCUGAGGGUCUGGGCUACAAGCUCGUCUCAGGUGGUACCGACAACCACCUCGUCCUCGUUGACCUCAAGCCCAAGGGUGUCGACGGCGCACGCGUCGAACGUGUUCUUGAGCUCGUUGGUGUUGCCAGCAACAAGAAUACCGUCCCCGGUGACCGCUCCGCCCUCAAGCCCGGUGGUCUUCGUCUCGGAACACCCGCCAUGACAACGCGGGGCUUCAACGGUGAAGACUUCAAGCGCGUGGCUGAUAUUGUGGACCGCGGUGUGCAGAUCACUCUAGCGGUUGAUAAGGACGCCCGCGCGGCUGCUGAGGCCAAGGGUGCUAAGAACCCGGGUACUGUGAAGAACUUCUUGGAGUUCUUGGGUGAUGGAUCUAAUGUCAAGGAGAUUAAGGCACUACGAGAUGAGGUCGCUGAGUGGGUUGGAGGAUUCCCCCAGCCCUGGCUCAAGUCAUGA